UGGGGUGUGGUGUGGCUUUCGUCGUUCUCCAGCACACAAAAAUAAAUUGGAAUUUGCAGGAAUCUUCUUGAGGUCAGAAAUCAGAAUCAAGAACAGAGACGAGAAGUGGCCUAAAUUGAUUUGCGAAUUCAGGCGAUUUGGGCCUAAUCGCUACUCCAAAAUGGCGUCCCUUCCCAGCCCAUCAACGCCACCAUCGGCCAUUCAUCUGAGACCGAAGGCAAAUCUUCUCAAUUUCAGUUCUGUAUCUACCAACCCAUCAUUCCGAAGUUGUAGGAGAAGUGGAAGGACUGGUGGUUAUCAUGGAAUUUGCUUUACAACAAGAGCCAAGGUGGGUAUUGAAGGAGAUGUGAUUGAGAAAGAUAAAGAGCCAAUUGAAGUUGACGUUGAGAAUGAUUAUGGAGCUGUUGGCGUUCACCAUGUCGGGGUGCUUUGUGAGAAUCUUGAGAGGUCACUUCACUUUUAUCUAAAUAUUCUAGGUCUUAAAAUAAACGAGGCAAGGCCACAUGAUAAGCUUCCUUAUAGAGGUGCUUGGCUGUGGGUGGGUUCUGAGAUGAUUCAUCUAAUGGAACUUCCAAAUCCUGAUCCUUUAUCUGGACGACCUGAACAUGGAGGCCGUGACCGUCAUACUUGUAUUGGAAUUAAGGAUGUAUCGAAGUUGAAAGUGAUCCUCGAUAAAGCUGGUAUUCCCUAUACGCUUAGCCGAUCAGGAAGGCCUGCAAUAUUUACAAGAGAUCCAGAUGCAAAUGCUUUAGAAUUUACACAAGUGGAUGACUAAUUCAGUUCUUAUCAAAUAAACUCUUUUUAUCAACAUCUAUGAGCUUCCAUUGCCCGUGAAGCACCUAAGGAUCUUCAGAUCACUGAAAAGGUCAGUUGCAAUAUACUAUGGUCUGGGAGGGACAAAUAACACGAUAUCUUCUUGCAAGGAAACAAGAAUAUGAUUAAAUGUAUGCAUGUCAUGUACAAAUGAACUAGUAAUAUGCUAUAAAUGUCUAAACUGGGCAUCUUCUCUUCUGUAAAGAUUAUCUCUAUAUUUUUUUCCCCCUUUUUAUUAAGUCAAUAUUAAUGGUGUCUUGGAGUUUUACUGAUA